AUGCCUUAUCGGACGGAACCCACUGUUCCAUUCUCCCGACCUCAAUCUUCGUUCAAACUGGCCUUCUCUAGCGUGAAACCGCUAAUGCGUGUAGAACGACAGCGCAAUUUGUACACUUUGUCAUCUGUCUUGUUCUCGGCCAUCGAUUUGCUUCGUGUUGACCUACCCGGGAUCAACAUCCUGCUACCGAGACUAUUUGCUGCGUGUCAAUACGUUUUCAGGGAUGAAAAUAUCACGCGUCCGGAAUACAUGACAAUGGCAAUGCUUCGCAGAGCUGCUAUUCACCAGUUGAUGUCCAUGGUGUGUAUCCCCAUACAAUUCAAAACAGUCAAAUUACACUGUUUGAUCCCCAUAUCAAACAAAUUGAAGGACCCCGUGGUCAUGAGCGAUCUGAAAAUGCAGUUGGCUCGUUUUUUGCUUGAGGAAAUCAUGCGAGAAAAGGACACCAUCAAUUUGAAAAUGUUGCUGAGCACCAGUUUGGCUCUGCUGGAAGACAUGGCUGCCGAUGAUGCUCAGUCAAGCAUGUUAACCCAGAAAACUCGUCCGGACGAUAAAGACAAGCGGGGCGAUCAGAAACGCGUCUGUACGUUUGAUCGUUUCAGUCAUACUGCUCCGGGUUUCUUCAGCGCGUUGGUUCCCUGUCUCUGCGAGCUUCUGGCCGAGGAAUCUGUGGUACAAUAUGUGCUAGAAAUUCUAGGAGGUGUUUCGUCCGUGCGGAUUUCCGUGCCUGAUCCGGUCAUGUAUCGUGACACAGUGCAUGGGAUUUGCGAAUUCAUUGUGAAACAGCUCAAACGGGACUCGAAGGAUCAUAAACGACAAUUGCACAGUAUCAUUGUGGCUGCCUACUCAUGUCUGUCCCAAUGGCUGGUCGAACACUCGCACCUGAUUUUGACUGAUCGCGAAUGUCUUGAGGUGGUCCUGGGCACAAUUGAAUUGGGCAUUUGUGGUGCAAAGUGCAAGCUCACUCGUACAGAGCUGGCUGAUGCCAUACGAAAACAAACUGAUCGAAAUCGGAUUGUACCACCCAAACCGCGACGAUUAAAGCACAUGAAUCCUUCGUCGAAACGUGUCCGUGAGGCUGCGGAAGCUUGCUUAGCCGCUCUCGUUUCAAUGGCUGGACAAUUCCCGGGACCUUCUGGAACGGAAACUACCUGCUCACGAUUGAUCGAAGACCAUUUGCUUCGUCUGAUCUCGCCGGAUGAAGUUGGUGUCUCGGCUGAGGUCCUACAAGCACUUCAUCGCCAAUUUCGAUACUUUUGGUCUGAACCUGGUGUGAUUCUAGGUGUGCUGGAAACUUCCCAAUGUCGUGACAUCCUCUUGUCCCAUGGGUUCGCAUCUGUCUCCGAUCCCGAUAAUCUACCUCAGACAAUACUGGUCGUUCGUGGUGCAUUCGGUCAUCAUAUAUGGGCCGUGGAUAUGCGACUUCUGCCUCGAUCCGGGCCCGAAACUGACCAAUCGGCCGAUAUUACUUCCGCGAAAGGCCCACCUCGUCCAAAACCGUGGGGCUGUUUUCUGGAACGAUUAAUUCAUACGGUCAAUCGUAAUGAAACAAUUCGGCCGUUAAAUUUCCCGCCAACGAUAAAUGAAAUCCCCCUGGUCGAUGCAGACCACACGAUUGGCACUCUGGAACAAGUCGGUGGAUCAGCCGGGACAAAAUCGCGUGAGGAUAUCAACACUUUGAAAACAAUGAUCGCCAGCCAGGCUGCACGGAUGAAAGACAUUGGUGCACGAGCACUCAAGGCACGAUUGGCUUCUCCCUGUCCUGACCCGACUGUGGAAUCUGUUCCUCCGAGUGUACGAAACUCUUUCCAGGCCGCCCGCCUUCUACUCACUCAUCUGGGUUAUUUGACGGUCAACAGUUUCGCGAUGCUCGGUCCGGAUGUAACCAAUGCACGACUGGCUCAGACCGCAGGAACCAACGGAACUGGCACUGCCACCGCGACGACGGAGACUCGUCGGAACUCGCAGCAUCUCCCGGGCGAUACAACAGUGUCGCCCGGUCAGCCACUUGCCGGUUUGGCCGCUGCCGGGUCCACACCGGGAGGUGCAAGUAAUGUCGGUCCAGGGCAAACUCUUACAACUGACCAAUCUUUAACGCCCGGUCCACUCUUCUAUCCGCUUGAUUCUAGUCAACCAGAUUUCAUGCAAUUGUUAGACAGUUUGGAUUGUUUGCCCACACGUACGGCCGACACGCUUCUCGUAUUCUAUGUGGCCUCAGGACAACGAAAACCGGAGGAGAUUUUGGGCAAUAUGGUAAGCACAAAGGAUCGUUUAUUGUUGCCGGUCGAUGAUUCAUCAAAGGUGAUAACGGCCACAUCCGUUGGUUACAAUUUCAUCAACAAUUGA